GUGAUCCGAGCAGCCCAGCGAGGGGCCUGGCGGAGUCCAAGGAAUUCUCUUGUAGCCCGGGUGUCUCGGCGGACCCUCGGGGCCCCGCGGAGACGAAAGGCAGUGUCACUAUAAUUAUUUCUAACAUCAGUUUCAGACCUUUUACUUUUGGAUAACAGUCCAAUUAUAUGAAAUUAUGGCUGGUUAUAAGCCUGUAGCUGUUCAGGCAUAUCCUAUACUUGGUGAAAAAAUCACCCAAGAUACACUGUACUGGAACAACUAUAAGACCCCUGUUCAGAUCAAGGAGUUUGGUGCCGUGUCAAAAGUAGACUUUUCUCCACAACCUCCAUAUAAUUAUGCUGUCACAGCUUCUUCAAGGAUUCACAUUUAUGGCCGAUACUCCCAAGAACCUAUAAAAACCUUUUCCCGAUUUAAAGACACAGCGUAUUGUGCUACUUUUCGACAGGAUGGUAGAUUGCUUGUGGCUGGCAGUGAAGAUGGUGGAGUUCAGCUUUUUGAUAUAACUGGGAGGGCUCCCCUCAGGCAGUUUGAAGGACAUACUAAAGCAGUUCAUACAGUAGAUUUUACAGCUGACAAAUAUCAUGUGGUUUCUGGAGCUGAUGAUUAUACAGUUAAAUUAUGGGAUAUUCCAAACUCCAAAGAAAUUCUGACAUUCAAAGAACAUUCUGAUUAUGUGAGGUGUGGAUGUGCUAGCAAGCUGAACCCAGAUCUCUUUGUAACAGGGUCAUAUGAUCAUACUGUGAAGAUGUUUGAUACGCGAACAAACAAGAGUGUUAUCUCUGUUGAGCACGGGCAGCCAGUGGAGAGUGUCCUGCUUUUUCCCUCUGGAGGUCUUCUGGUAUCAGCAGGAGGUCGUUAUGUUAAAGUCUGGGACAUGCUAAAAGGAGGACAGUUGCUAGUGUCUUUGAAAAAUCACCAUAAAACUGUGACGUGUUUAUGCCUGAGCAGCUCUGGACAGAGAUUACUCUCUGGUUCACUGGAUAGGAAGGUGAAGGUAUAUAGCACAACUUCCUACAAAGUAGUCCACAGUUUUGAUUAUGCAGCUUCAAUUUUGAGUCUUGCACUUGCACAUGAAGAUGAGACGGUUGUUGUAGGAAUGACCAAUGGAAUACUGAGUGUUAAACAUCGCAAGUCUGAAGCGAAGAAGGAUUCUCUUCCCAGAAGAAGGAGGCCUGCAUAUCGAACUUUUAUUAAAGGGAAGAAUUACAUGAAGCAACGGGAUGACAUUUUGAUCAACAGGCCGUCAAAAAAACACCUAGAAUUGUAUGACAGGGAUCUGAAAAAUUUCCGGAUCUCCAAAGCACUUGAUAGAGUCCUUGAGCCUAGUUGUACAAUAAAGACACCUGAGAUUACAGUUUCCAUCAUAAAGGAGCUAAAUCGAAGAGGAGUUCUUGCAAAUGCCCUUGCAGGUCGGGAUGAAAAGGAAAUCAGUCGUGUUCUUAAUUUUUUGAUAAGGAAUCUGUCUCAGCCGAGAUUUGCUUCCGUUUUGAUCAAUGCUGCUGAAAUAAUUAUUGAUAUAUAUCUGCCUGUGAUUGGCCAGUCACCUGUAGUUGAUAAAAAGUUUUUGUUACUUCAAGGACUUGUAGAAAAAGAGAUUGAUUACCAAAAAGAACUGCUAGAAACGCUGGGGAUGAUGGACAUGCUUUUUGCCACCAUGACAAGGAAAGAGAGCGCUCUUGCUCCUGAUGGGCGUGUGGGGAAGACCAGGAUAGAGUCCUCGUGCCGGCCUGACGGCGCACAGAGCUGCUGACGGGGCGCGUUUGCUCUGCUCACUGCUGGAAAGAGAAUAGGACACAGUAAAGGAAACUAUUUACAGAAGCAGUUUUAUGGAAGAGACUGGAAUAACCAUGAUUGGAAAAUAAGUAUCUGUUUUGUGACAUGGUUUUCCUUGUAAUAGUUUGAAUUAUUUCGUGGCAUCUUUGGCUGGAGGAUCUCGGUUGUCUUGAUCACAGUGCAUGUCCACCUUGGACAAGUUGAUAGUUUUAAUGCAGCCAAGUCCUGUUAUCAGCAUUUGACAGACAUUCAGAACUGGAGAGAGUUUCAACUGGAAUCCUGCCAAAGGAAUGGGGCUUUAUUUUUUAAUCCUAUCCUGGAAAAACCAAAAACAAAAACAGAUGUCAACAACAAAUAAAUUAUUUCUUUAAUCAGUGCCCUUGGGAUUUCUGGGCUCAGCUGAGCUUGCCACCCCUCCUCGACAUCAUCACUUGUCUUAGGUCACAGGUUCUGCUGCAGUGGGUAAUGAGGCUGGAGCUGUUCCAAGUGGCAAAUCAGUGGCCAGCUCUGAAUAAUGACACUAGUUAGACAUGUAUUCAGAGAGUGAUGAGGCAGAUUUGAUACCUAAAAAUUGUGCUCUACCCCUGUUUUUUUUUUUAUUUCUUUAAUCUUGACUACCCUAUUGGAGCAAGAUCUACAGAGAGACCUUAUUAGGACCAUGCUUUUAUUCUCUUUAAUAGGCAACCUUUCUACCAAGUUUUCAACUUGCUUCAGGUCAGGGGAAUGAUAAAAUUUGCCAUUUCUCUUGUAAUAACUAACCUUUGAGCCUUUUACAUAUAUGUUUGGAACUUAGAGUGCAGCUACCUAUCUCUCCGGAAAUUGUUUUCUCUGAUCUACAUUUAAAUUUUUUCUUUACACAGUUAUCUUGUGUUUCAGAACCCAAGCCAGAGGAGCUUGCUUUGGAAAAUUGCUGUAUUUUUUUACAGUUCAGUAUAAAUCACAUUUUUAAAUAAAGAGAUUCUUAUCUUUU